UGUCAAUAUUGCGGGUAGGGCAAGGGCAGUAAGAAUGCAGUAGAACCUUUGCCCGCUUUGCCGCCGCACGUGACACAGGUCAGGUCUCAGUAUUUCAUUAAUUCAAGACUCGGUGAAAGCGUCAGCGAUGUACGGGAUUCUUUUCGAGAAUAUAUGCUAUUUUGUUUCGCAAGAGUGCGGAGAGGAGAUAUGGGAGACUAUCCUACGGGAAGCCGGCGCGAGGAACACGGUGUUCAGCGCUACUCAGCAAUACCCAGAUGCUCUGAUGCUGCGUCUCGCCAGCGCCCUGGCUCGGCUGGUGGGCGAGGAGCCGGCCUGCGCCGCACCCGGCAGCCCCGCGCCCCGCAAACCCUCCCUCAAGUCUAAGCCCAGCUGGCGCAGCGCUUCCCUCCACAACGACACCAGGAACCCAAACUUCAAGUGUCCCUUUACAGCCACGAACGCUCUCACUGCGGCCACUAAAAAAGAAAUAGAAGCAUACCAUUCUCAAGAAGAAAUCAGAACUCACACAUCAGCGGACAAAAUUCAUAUGAAAGAAGAACUUACUAAUUUGAAAGACGUUACUAACAGUUGCCAGGAAAUCCUUAAGUAUAACAGGAGGAGCUUAGGUUUCAAACUUGAGGACAACAAGACUUUUCCAUGUGUCCCUUCAACGUCGUCGGAAAUGUCCACUAAAACUAGUCCCGAAGAUAAAGAAGAAUCUCGUGACUCAUUACCGACCUCACCAGUGUCUGACAGUGGAAAGAAGACCAAACCCAUUCGGAAGAAUAGUGUUACUGUGGCUAUGGAUGUAUACCGGCGUCGCGGUAGCGGGGCGAAGCCCAGUGCGAGGAUGAACCUCGGCCUUAUCCGCGAGGAUCAGCUCCCCGGCAUGAAGGAGAAGUUUGGAACUCCCGAGAAAGUUAUGCAUUUUUUUGGGAGGUGUUUCGUGAAGUUCUUCAGCAAAUAUGAAUACGAUCAGAUGAUCCGCGCGACGGGGCGCUACUUCUGCACGUUCCUGCAGUCGGUGGACAAUAUCCACCAGCGCAUGCAGUUCACGUUCCCGCGCAUGCGCUCGCCCAGCAUGCAGCUGACGCGCGCGCAUCGCCACGGCGCGGAGCUCGUCUACAGCAGCACGCGCACCGGCUUCGCGCACUACCUGAUGGGUCAACUGUAUGAGAUAGCCGAGGACAUUUUCUCGUUGAAGCUGAAGGUUUCCAUCGUGAAAGAGAGCAUGGAGGGGAGUUACUACGUGGCGGUGCUGCGGCUCGAGUUCGACAACAGUGACUAUGUGCAGUCACUGAUGCUCCGCAAGUCGCUGCCGUGCGCGCUGCCGCCCGUGCCCGUGGUCCUGCUGCUGCAACUCUUUCCGUUUGGAGUACUACUGGAUAGAAGGAUGAAAAUUAUGAAGGCAGGCGAGAGGCUCGUUUCAGCUUGGGGUGGCCCAUACAAUAGUAUGGUCAAAUCCCCCAUUUCAGAGAUACUACGCCUGAGAAAACCAAAAGUUUCAUUCACUUGGGACAAGGUAGUGUGCAUGCAAACCGUGAUGUUCGAGUUGGAGCUGAUGCGGUGGCGAGGCAAGUGCCCCGCAGACGCGCGUCGUGGUUCCCAAGGCGCGAAGGCUAUCCUACUCAAGGGGCCGAUUAACUUCCUUGAGGAGAUCGAUGCGCUCAUAUUCCUGUGUAGCCCAAUAUUUAAUGGCCUCGACGAGUUGAAACAGGCAGACUUGUACCUAGCCGAUAUGAACGGCCACGGGCUCUCCAAAGAGAUGAUUCUUCACGGCUGGCAGCACCUGUCCAAGCUGGAGCUCCUGUUCGAAAGGGCAGAGAGCCGGAGUCUCUCGCUGGAGAAAUCGUGUCGCUUGCUGGACCAGUGGAAGAAACGGAGUGACCAGCUGCUCUACUCUAUGAUACCGAAAGCUAUCGUUGACCAUUUAAGAGCGGGGAAAGACGCAAUGUCUGCUUGUCAGGCGUUCGACGUGACAAUAAUGUUCUGCGGCGUGCAGCUGCCGGAGGCGGGCACGCGCGCCGACGUGAUGCACACGGUGGCGCACAUGAACGAGGUGUACUCGCGCAUCGACCGCCUGCUGGACGCGCAUCGCGUCUACAAGGUGGAGACGGUAGGCACGGUAUACAUGCUGGUAGCGGGCGCGCCAGAACGGCGCCGCACGCACGCCGCCGCCGUCGCCAGCGCCGCGCUCGCCAUAGUACGCUCGCUGCCACGUCUUACCAUCGGCGUUCACUCGGGCCCUUGCGUAGCAGGCGUGCUGGGCCUGAAGUUACCGCGGUACUGCCUAGUGGGCGACUCCGUGAACACCGCUAGUCGCAUGCAGACUACGUCCGAGCCGGGUCGCAUCCAAAUAUCAGCGGCUACGGCGGCGCAGCUCCCCGCCGGCCGUUUCAGACUACGGCGACGCGGACUAAUCAAAGUUAAGGGCAAAGGCAUGAUGGAAACGUUCUGGCUAGAGGGCGAGGUUGAGGAGGAUGAGGCGCACGAGGCGCUGCAGCUCUUCUCUGCCCUCUGCGGGGACGCCUGAGGCCUUCGAUGCUAACAGAAACCUCUUAAGGUCCAUAAC